AUGCUAGAGAUAAUUCAGAAAAUACUCCAGAAGAAGGCGAAAGAGCUAUGGAAACAAUGCAUUAGCAAUGUUGCCUCCUCCUUACAAACUUUCUAUGGCAGGGAGCAAGUAAUAGAUUUCUUCAAUUCAAUCAUAAAGAUCCUAAAGAAUAAUAACUUUGAGUUUGUCAUUGAACCCACUAUACAUGAUGGAACAAACGUUGGGGUUGCUUGGGAACUAGCAUGCAGUGACACUCACAUUCCAGUUGGAAAAGGUUUUAGCUUCUAUACCUGCCAUUAUUACCAGGGCAAGAUGCUGAUAAGGAAUGUAGAGAUAUUCAUGGAGCCACUCCUUCAUAUUGAGCCAGUUAGAUUGGUGAGUAACAGUGUUUUAAAAGGCAGUUUUGGGACUCACAUCGUGGCUGGCCCCGGGGCAGGGCAUUCGCAAAACGCCUCGGGGUUUACGUGUGAGGCUUAGUUCUAUGAGGCUUACGUCUUAAGCACCUGACUGUACCCCCUAAACACGCCUAACGCCCAACGCUCAGGGCUCGCCUAACAGUUCUUACACAAAUUAUGUGUCAAAUGACUUAGUUUAACAUUGUUGACCCACAAAAUCUUUAAUAAAAUAAUGUUUAAUAGUUUUUUUAUCUAUAGAAAUAAGAAAAUUGAGAGUAAUUCAAAUAGCAAGUCAUAGUAUUACAUACAUGCUAAUUGAGAACAACAUGAGGGUGAAUAGAAAAUUAACAUUUAUUUUAAAAAUAUUUAGACGAAUUUUAUGUCUUCACUUAUCAAUUGUCUUCAUGUUUUUGUCCUAUGUCUCAAAAUUAUCAUAUUUUAUUAUUUCAGUAGUUGAAAGUAAUUUCGCUUUUAUUCAUGAAGGAAUGAUGUUUUAAUUAUCAUACAAAUAAAGUUUAUUUUACUAGCGAGGUAAAUUGCAUAGCAUGAUAAUAAUGUAUUUUAAGAAAUUGUGAUUCUUUUAUUGUUUGAAAGUAAGAUGUUAGAGUUGAUUUACAUCUCGUUAUAGCUUUUAUAUCAUUUUAUUAUUUAUACUUGUAAAAUCAUGUUAGAAAUUUUAUUUUCUAUGAGUUUCUUUAAUAUUUUUAAUUUUUUAAACUAUUAAUGUAUUUUUUUAUAUAAUUUUUGUGUUAUUAUACUAUUUUACUACAUUAUAAAUUAAAUACUUGAAGAUCCAUGGGGCUUACGCCCCAUGCCUCGAGGCUUACGCCUUGCCCAGUGCUAUGUAAAACGCCUCGCCCCGUGCCAAGUAAAACGCCUCGCCUCACGCCCUCGCCUUUUAAAACACUAGUGAGUAAUAAUAGUAAUACAUUAUGACAACAUGUAAAUGCGACUCAAAUCUAUUGAGUUUUUUUUCGUUUUUUUCUUGAUAUCUUCUUUCUACUAGAUUAGGUGGUUCAAGUGUAAUUUCGUUAGUGAGCAGCACAUUCUUUGAUUUGUCUUUGUUGACAUGUUAGUGAGCAGCACAUUCUUUGUUAGUGAGCAGCACAUUCUUGAUAUCAUCUAUCUUCUUUGUAAUUUCGUUAGUGAGCAGCACAUUCAACUACUCCUGCAAAUUCACCAAAUGACAACUAUUCUUCAAUCUCAUUCCUGUUAAUAUCUUUUUUUCCUUCUCGUUAAGAUAUGCAUAUGCUCAAGUUACAAUCUUUUCAAGUAAGUAUGGCACUUAGAGAUAUAAUGAUGCGAAGAAGGUGUUUGAUGAAAUGCCUCAAAGAUAUAUUGUUGCCUCUACUGUUACGAUAUCAUGUUAUCUUGAUCAUGGGUUGGUGAAUAAGGCAAUGGAUGAAUUUCGUCUGGUUUCUACCAAGGAUAAUGUUGGCUGGACGGCUAUGAUUGAUGGUGGUUAGAAAUAGUGAAAUGAAACAGUUGUAUAUUUCGUUGUAUUUCUAUGUAUUUCUAAUUUAUGAAAUAUUUUCUGAUAUAUUUCAUUGUAUUCCAGUGUACAUACACAUACUACAAUUUUAUAUUUCUUAAACAAUCAACCAUAUUUCAUUGUAUUUCAGUGUAUAUUUUUCUGUAUUUGAAAGUAUUUCUAAAAGUUUAGAAUGGAGUAAUUUGGAGAG